UCUCUCUCUCAUGUCCCUCCUACGACAAUUACUUGUGCAGUUUGUGGGGGCCAAUUACCCCUUUUAAUUCUGUUAUUUAAACUAAACAAUUAGCAAUUUAAUUACAAUUAUAUGUAUACAUGGUGUACACAAAUGCAUCAUGUUUUUUGACUUAUAACUGGUUUUAGAUGAUUUACCUCAUCUGAGAUUAAAUUUAGGUUUUUUUAUUAUUUAAAUUAUAUAUUAGAAACAACCAAUUACAAAAAGAGGCAGGUAAACGAACAACAAGUUGCGCUAGCCACCCUGGAGGUGCGGUCACCCCCUUAAAAAAAUUAGUGUAUUAUUUAAGCCAAAAUCCUGAUCGCCCCCUUAAAAGUAUGGUUAAAAUCCUCCUAUCGCACCCUGGAUAAUAAACCAUAGGUCCUACGCAACCCCCUUUUGAAUAGCAAAACCGAUCCUACUAAAGACAAAAGCUAUGGGUCUUGAGGCAAAACAAAAAUUUAAUCUAUUAAUGUUAAUAAAUUUUUGUGUAUAAAAGUUAUGUUAUAAUUAGGUAAUGUUUAUUUGGUAUAAUUUUUAGUAAUGUUGAUGACAAGUGGGGUGUUCAAAGACAUAGAUUUAUGUUCUAAAAGAGAAACAAGAAAAAGAUAUGGUGAUAGAUACUAUAUUUUAUAUUAUAUUAUUUGACAAUGCCACACCCUCUAUGGACACCCACAUUUAAGGUACAAGCAUUACUUGGAAGUUGCAAACAAGCUUCCAAAGUCCAAACAGGGACGACGAGGAGGAUGGAGAUGACGCUGGACCUUCGAAUCAAGAACCGAAGGGAGUUGGAACUUCAAGCAAUGCUAGAAACGUGAUGCCACGGUUUUCAGUUGAAGAAUUAACAGCAACGUUGGAAGGCUUAAUUCGUGGACCGGUGCGAGAUGAGGUGCAGCGUGUAUUUGAAUCGUUCUUUGGAAAAUCACCAAGAUCUCCUUCUGAUGCACUUCAAGUUCAAUCGCAUAGGACAACGUCCUUGCAGCUUCGUUUUCAUACUAAGCUUCUUCCUACAUAUUUCACCGGCAGUAGGAUAGAAUCCGAGGACAAUAGUGCUCUAAAACUAGUGUUAUUCGACACUAACUGUAACAAGAUUGUAUCAAAUGGACCUUUUUCUUCGCUAAAGAUAGCGAUCGUGCCUCUUGACGGUGAUUUUCCGGCUGAGGAUCAUGAAGAUUGGUCUCAGGAUGUUUUUGAUGCCAAAGUUAUAUGCGCAAGAGAAGGCAAAAGGCCAUUGCUAUCCGGGACUUUGGUAGUAAGUCUAAACGAAGGUGUUGCAGAGUUAGGUGAUGUAGUUUAUACGGAUAAUUCGAGCUGGAGAAGAAGCCGGAAGUUUAGGAUAGGGGCAAAAGCCCAAAAUGCAACUGCUGGAGUUAGAAUUAGAGAAGCGAGAAGUGAAGCUUUUGUCGUAAAAGAUCAGAGGGGAGAGUCAUACAAAAAGCACCAUCCUCCAUCCUUGGGUGAUGAAGUAUGGCGCUUGGAAAAGAUAGCAAAAGACGGAGUUUGGCAUGCGCGAUUGGCAUCACACCGAAUAUAUACUUUGAAAGACUUUCUACAAGUGUAUACUACUAAUGAGUCUUCACUAUGCACGCUACUUGGCGGGCCCAACAACAACAUAUGGAAGGCGAUAAUCAAACACGCGAAAGCUUGUGUUUUAGACGACAAGGUGUACAUGUACAGCUGCGUUGAUGGGAUCGGGCUUUUGUUCAAUUCCAUUUUGGAACUUGUGGGUGCAACCUUUGAUGGUGAAAAUCAUUUAUCCAUGAACCAACUUAAUGAUUUUCAGAAGUCUAUGGUGGAAGGACUAAAGCAUCAGUUUUACAAAGAGUUGGAUGGAAUGAUACCGAUUGAUGAUCUGUCAGUGGUUGCAACCCCGGUGCUAGGAGUCAAUUUUCAUGAUAAAUUGCAAAUGCAGAUUCCACAUCCAUAUUGCAGUGGAUUGAAUGAUAUGAGCAAACUGGGUGUUGCUGUGGGGUAUGAUGGCUUUAAUCUUCAUGAUGGGAUGUCAUCAUGGCAAGCAAAUAACCAAACUAUAGGUUUUACUUCUGAUGAUUCUGACAUCUGCCUCUCAAGAAAUGGAUCUGAAUCUGGAUCAGGAUCUCCAAGGGGAAGAUGGUGCAAGAUUCGUGCAGCCAUGAUAUGGGUUUCAGUUCGGAAAGAUGUAGCUGCCAAAAGGAUGGCGGCGUUUGACCUAUUUUCUGAUUUCCGGGCUUAAAGGUGGUGGUAUUUAAAUAUGUAUAGCUGCUUGAUUUGCUUCAAUGAUUUAGUCAGUUUGUUUUGUUUUGUUUUAUCAAGUGAAUGAAAAACAUUCACUAAAGUUCAAGGGUAGGUUAUAGGUUGUGGCUGGUUGAUCAUGAUCGCCCUACGUCCAAGCGAAUUUGAAAAAAGAAAUGUCGGCCGACUAAGUUGGCCAACAUUCCUUAUUUGUAAGUUGCAUUAGCAAGUGCCAAACGCAUCUCAUAACGGCUGAAGAGGAAGGAUGAGGUGCCUUUUGGGCUUUACUACUUUAAAGUUUUAUGAAAAUAUACAUCUAUAAUUUCCUUGCAAA